CCGGGACAACGAGCGGCUCGAUGGUCGUCAUCAUCUCUCGCUUGGCUUUCUCUACCUCCCCACCACCCCCCACGAAACCAACGCCAUCCGCGGCGACCCCUUCUUCCCUUACCUGAGACACUUCUCCCCAAAGCGAACCAACCCAGCUGAAAAGAAGCGAGACGCGCCGCACCGCGUUGCCUUUGUAUCGUGCCUCUAUUUAGCUCAAGAGGAGAGGAUAGGAGAGGAGAGGAGAGGCGCGCGGGAAGGGGAAGGAGAUCAAAUCUUAGGAAACCAUCGGUUGAUCGAGCAGCGGCGGCGACGCAGAAGCAGCAGGAAGCAGGAGGGGAGGGGGAUGGCGGUGGCGUAUCGCGCGGAGGAGGAGUACGACUACCUGUUCAAGGUGGUGCUGAUCGGGGACAGCGGCGUGGGCAAGUCCAACCUGCUGUCGCGCUUCGCCAGGGACGAGUUCAGCCUCGACACCAGGUCCACCAUCGGCGUCGAGUUCGCCACCAAGACCGUCCGCGUCGACGGCAAGCUCGUCAAGGCGCAGAUCUGGGACACCGCCGGCCAAGAAAGGUACCGGGCCAUCACCAGCGCCUACUACCGGGGCGCCGUGGGCGCGCUCGUGGUGUACGAUGUGACGCGCCACAUCACGUUCGAGAACGCGGAGCGGUGGCUGACGGAGCUCCGCGACCACACGGACGCCAACAUCGUGGUGAUGCUGGUCGGGAACAAGGCGGACCUGCGCCACCUCAGGGCCGUCUCGCCCGAGGAGGCCAGGGCCUUCGCGGAGCGCCACCGCACCUUCUCCAUGGAGACGUCCGCGCUGGAGGCCACCAACGUGGAGGACGCCUUCACGGAGGUGCUCGGCGAGAUCUACCGCGUCGUCAGCAAGAAGGCCCUCGACAUCGGCGACGACCCCGCCGCGCCGCCCAGGGGCAAGACCAUCGACGUCGGCGGCAAGGACGACGUCACCCCGGUCCAAAAAAACGCGUUAGGGUGUGACAAUUUUCGGUCAAGGCGCUUCAUCAUCAGUAAAGCAAAUGGGGUUUGGGAAAGGCUGGGGAUGGAUGAUAUUAUUGAUAAAGCUUGCGAGAUUGACCAUUCUGGAGAGGCAGUGUUAAAGUACUUACUACUUCUUCCGGGCCAAGGUUUGAGGAUAAUGGAUUACCACAAUGUGCGUGAGAUGAUUGCUGUCUCAGCAUGGUAUUUAUGGUGGGAAAGACGGAAGUUGGUGCACAAGGAGAAAACUCAAAAUGCACUUCAGAUUUCAAUGGGGGUUCUAGCCCUUACCACAAACUUCAUAAAUGCAUUGUCCCCCAAGGCUUCUACGAAGGAGGAUGGUCUUGUCCCCCCAGAGCUUUUGUGA